ACUACAUCGCAAACACAUUAUUUAGAUUAAUUAAAAGUAUAUUAUUAUGGCAUCAAAGCCGUAUCAUUAUUGUAUCAGAGUAGAAGGAAAGUGGGGUGUUUAUACCCAGAAUGAAAGGAUCACUUCCCGUUGCGUGUCAUGCAAAAUGCAACCAAUGCAAGCCUUGCAUCCCAAUUGAAGUAUCGAUUCAAGCGAUGGAGGUGCAAGAGAAUGAGUACUAUCCUCUAGUCUGGAAAUGCAUUUGCCAAAAGACAAUCUUCUCUCCGAAGAGCAGGGCAGGUGGAUUUUUCAUUCAAGGAUUGGACCUCUUCUCCAAGGGAAUGCGCAAAUAAAACCAAAAUGGGGUGAGGAAAUGAAAGCACCGGGUGGGUAGUGUGGGUAUACUUGUAUUGGAGUGAUAAUUAUCCAGCUCCACAUAUUGUAAUAAAGAAACAAACCAAAAAUGUACGAGAGUUUAUAGUACCCUUUGUGCUUUAUAUUAAUAAAUUUUUUAUUAUUAA